AUGAAGGUAAUCCCCGGAAUCGGGAUAUGUCUUCGUGUGAUUUUCUCUGAACCCUCCCUCUCUUCUUUGUUUAACUCUCUUCUACGACCGGGUUCUUCUUUGGCUUCUCGGUUUUGGGCGGUGGGAAUCAGAUAGCGGUGGAAGGAUGCAUGCACGGGGAGCUCGACAAUGUCUACGCGACCAUGCAGCAUUUGGAGAGGGUGGAGAACAUCAAGAUCGACUUGCUUAUUUGCUGUGGCGACUUCCAGGUUCUCUUCUCCUGGUUUCAAAUCCUAGAGAAGUGACGCAUUUAUUUGAUAAAAGAUCAGCGCGGGCUCGGCGUUGUUUUCAUAAAUGUAUUGAUAUGGUCAACCUGGGCUAGCUAUCUGGAAGAUGAUUUGAAUGUCCUUCUCCCAGAAUGGGGCGCAAAUACAAUGAGCAUGUGGGUGCGGAUUGGAUCGUGUUGUUGGAAAGUUUAGAAUACUUGGAAGACGUUGAUACAGCGUGAAAACACUCAUGAUGCACCAUAAAGAGCAAUAUAUGGCUUGUUUUUUGUGUUGCUGUGUCAGUUUUUUUCCUCAUUUCUGUGAGAUUUGGAUAGGAUUUAUAUCAAUAAAAUCUGAUUUGGGUCUGAAUGUAAAUCUAAAACCUGUAAUUUGGAAACAUAUUUCCCGUUUAAACCAGAGUAAACCCACAAAUUCGCAACUAUUGAGAAUAAAAAGGAUAUGCAUACGCAGGAAUACUCGGCAGAUUAUCCUGAAGGUGGUUAGUCUAGGGCAGGAAAAUGUAGGUAUGUGGACCACCUGCACGUAUCCUUGGAAAGUUUAUCAAGACUAAUUGGCUUACUUUAUCAUUGGAAAGCAAGGAGACUCAAGUCUUGCUAGUGUUUAAAUUUCCAAGUAUGAUACUAUAUGUUGUUAAUGAAACUGCUUGGUUUUAGUCAAAAGUUAGUGUGGAUUUAUCUUAAAUCCUACUGUGAUUACAAAGCUGUGUCUUAUCUCAUUUUAUAUUUUCCAGUGCCAGUAUAUCUAUUAUUUUCUAGCUGCCUUUGGAUUUUUUAUUUUUGAAAUAUGCUGGUGAAACCACUCCUUAUUUUUUGUCUUUUUGCAAACAGGCAGUCAGAUAUCAAAGCGACUUAAACAGCUUAAAUGUCAAACCAAACUAUCGAAAAAUGAACUCCUUUUGGAAAUACUAUUCUGGAGAAGAAAUAGCUCCAUAUCCAACCAUUUUUAUUGGCGGCAAUCAUGAAGCAUCCAACUAUUUGUGGGAAUUGUGAGUUUUUCUUUUCAUUCAUCUUUUGUUUCUGAGGUUACGUUGAAAAUACAUAAUUUUAUACAUCGAUAGCUAUUUGGAAACCUUUCAUUAAUUCAUCAAAGAUUUUGGAGAGUGUAGGUAUUCCCUCUAAUGGCUGUGGUUUUCCAUUUGGUUGCGAAACCCAGAUAAUAUAAGGAUUUCCUGGAGUUUGGUGAUUUUCUGGUUGAUGCUGACGAAGAAGCACCAUAAAAAAGAUUCAUCUACAAAUAAUCAAAAGACGGUUGAUCAUUGGAAUGGAAUAUAUUUUGACUUUUAAAUGCUGAAAAUUUUAAAAUGAGAUCUGCAUUCAGAGAAAGUUGUUCUCGGAGCAUAGAGCAGUAGAGUUUCUUGAUUCGCUGGCCAGCUGAUUAAAUCAGUAAAAGAUAAAUUUUGACCGUCCCCGGUCCAGCAGAACCUGUCCCGUAUGCCUCCUGUUGUCCUUUUUUUUUCCUAAUAUCUCCCCGCCGUCAGUUAUUUAAUUUCAGUCUGUAAUUGUUUACAAUGUUUCCGACUUGUUGCAUACAUGUUCCACUUCCGUUAAAUCCGUUGUUUAUGACGUGGUAAGAGACAAAUAAUGGCCUUUAAAAGUAUGUUCUGUUGCAGAUGAAAAGCCUGACAUUCACUGUAAUAAAAAAACAUGCCACCAUGCAUUGGGAAGGCUAUGUUGCCCCUCACUUCCUCUAUUUUGUUUGUCACUGAAAAUAUAUUGACGUUGUCUUUCUUUGUCAGGUAUUAUGGUGGAUGGGCGGCACCCAACAUUUAUUUCUUAGGGUAUGCUGGGGUUAUAAAAUUUGGUGACAUUCGUAUUGGCGGAUUAUCAGGAAUAUAUAAUCCACGACAUUAUAACCUUGGUUAGUGACGACAAUGCCAAGUAUGCGUUUUUUUCGAGAUUUUUUUUUGUUAUUUUCUUAUUUUUCCUUGCGCAAUUGAUUCUCAACAUUCUAACAAAAUAUACGCUCCUUUGGGUGACUUCUGAUUCCUAUCCCACAUGAUACUAUUAUUGCUCAUGUAUUAUUUUUUGAUUUUUUGCCAACAUGGCAGCAGAACUAUUAGGCUUCCUCAAAUUACGAAAAAAAUCUAAUCUUCCCUCCCGUCAGACAGUGACUGUUACUCGGUAAGAAAAUUGAUAAAUAUUUGGAAACUACACUUGACCAUUACAUUUAAUUCUCAAUUUCUCCAUUUGAAACUCGUCAUAUUUGAACUAUUGACAUGUUGGUUUCUAAAUGUCAUAUCAAAUUGGCAUUUUAAUGUUGCUGUUUAUAAAUAGUUCAGCGAAAGCCUCUAAGAAGAUGAUCUGUUAUUUGGCAGGACACUAUGAGAGACCUCCUUAUAAUGAGAGUGAUAUUCGAUCCAUAUAUCAUGUUAGGGAAUAUGAUGUUUUCAAGCUCAUGCAAAUCAAGGAACCAAUUGAUAUUUUCAUUUCACAUGAUUGGCCUCUCGGUAUAACUGAUUUUGGCGAUUCUGAUAAUCUUAUUCGCAAGAAGCCGUAUUUUAGAAGGGAGGUACGUGUAUCUAUGGUUACUACAUACAUUCUGGAUAUUCUAGAGUAACCCUCGAAUAAUUUACAUUUCAGAGUGGCUAGUAAUUUCUGACCUUCAUUAUCUUGAUUUUUUUCUUUUACUGAAAAAUUUGAAUAAUUACAUCUCCUUCAUAGAGUGGUUGUAGAAGUAACUUUGAUGAAAAAUGCCAGAGUUUGAACACGACAGAUUUAUUUUAUGUUCGUUACUUGGUGUUCCCUAGAUUGAGGAACGAUCUCUGGGAAGUAGGGCAGCAGCACAACUACUAGACAAGUUGAAACCGCCUUAUUGGUUCUCUGCUCAUCUUCAUUGCAAAUUUCCUGCUGUAAUUCAGCAUGGAGAGAAUGGGCCUGUGACAAAAUUUCUUGCUCUUGACAAGUGCCUCCCAAGGCGUCAGUUUUUACAGGUAUGGUCCGUUUUCCAGAUGGUCAUUUCUCUUUUCAUCAGUGAAAUUAUAUUUUAGUCUCUGUCUCUGAUUUUUUUUAGAUUUUGGAAAUCGGAUCAGAUCCUGGACCCCAUGAAAUUAUGUUUGAUGAAGAGUGGCUUGCAAUAACACGGCAAUUUAAUUCUGUCUUCCCUUUGACACGAAAACCCUGGCUGGGGUAAGCGCAUCACUACUAUGGACAGACUGUCAUAUAUAAUCUUCCGUUGUAUGCGAAGUUAAUUGCUUCAUGCUUUCAACUCAGUGCUCCCGAAGUUGAGAACCAGGAUCACUACCAAUGGAUCAAAGACAAGCUGAAGGCCAGAGGGGGUAGGCCCUUUGAGUUUAUCCGAACUCCUCCAUCUUCUGGUAGCUAAUGGUUUACUUUUUUUCUUCGAUCCCCUUAAUAUUCUGAAAUGCUGAUCUGUGACCUUGGACAUUCAUCUCUGAAAAUUUGUUCAUUCACAUUCUAGGUCAUCAACGGAACCCUCAGACAGAAUCUCUGUUAGAAUUCUUAGAACUUCCUUAUCUCCUUGACGUAACAAGAGAGACAAGUGUAGUAUUACAAGGUAAUAUUCUAUGCCUUAAUCUUUGUCGAUGUAAAAAUGGUCUUCAUUAUUCAUAUUAUUCCUUGAAAUGUGUACGCCGAUUUCAAUCUUUUGUUAAUAAGAAGGAAAAUGAAUUGUUUGGUGAAACCAUGGGGAAAUAAUGUGAAUAUAUUUCUAUGAAACUCCAUUUUAGUGCAGACUCAUCUUUUACUCCUCUAGUGUGUUAGGACCACCCUGGUUAAAGUUCUCCUUUCUCAUUUGUUCGUCUGAUUUUGAUGUCAGAACCUUGGGGUUGCUGCUAUGAAUGCCUUUCCCUUCCAUUAUUGAUUCUUUUUCCAUUACUCGCGUUCCCAUUCCAUUUGGGUAAAGGAAUUCCUUAAACUGUCGCCAUGAUGAGUAUGAAACUGUUUGUUUAAUAUAUAUGAUUAUCUUCACGAUUAAAAAACUUGUGUGAGAGUACCUCAACGUGGGGAUCUUAUCUGGCGGGUGGCUGGCAGACCAGGCUAGCCUAGUAUUUUGAUGGAUGUUCGAGCCUGGUCUUAGCCGGUUUCUGGCCUGAAAACACCACACAAGCCAAAAAUAAGUCUGCUAUCACCUCCAUGUGAUACGCUAUCUACACCCUGCACCUCACCUCCUCUCUCAUGUCUCCCCCGAGGGGCCUGCCUUCAGGGUCCUCCACUGCGAGGUGGCAGAUGCUGUGGCGACGUUGAUAUAGAGUGGGGACUGGUUACCUCCUAGUUUGCUUACCACCCCUCUGCUAUAUGGAGGGAAUUCGUAGGCGUAUUGGCAUCAUUUGCACCUCAUGAUAGGUUGUCUUCUUUCUUGUAAGCAGUGUGAAUCAUCUCAUGUUAGCUGUAACUUCAUCACCAUUAUGCCACUCAGUUCAUCUGUAGACAUGCAUGGUGAUCCCCAUGUUAGGAGGUUUCUACUCCUAACAGGGCUGGAAGCAGGUUAGGCGGUGACUUCAUAGGGUCUGAUAUUUUCUUCUAUCUGAACACAAACAAAAAUAUAUCAAACCGAUUUGACUUUCGCUGCGGCAUCUUACUCCUGAUUAUUUUUCCUUGAAUUAGUUUAUCAUAUGCGUUUUGGCUGAUAAUAAUAUAAUUGACAGAUGACAUUAAUUAUUCUCAGGCAAUGUUCCUUCUCGAUUGUCACUCUCUACCCAUCUCCAUAUUUCAAUCUGGGUAGGGCCUUUUUGUACGGCUCAUUCUAUUAUAUAUAUAUAUAUAAUUUUAUUUUCUUCAUUUCAUUUAUUUUCUGUAUUGGGAUUUUUCUUCUGUUUCUCUCUCCAUGCAUGACAAUACGGCCCCUUGCGUCACAAUCAGCCAUGUUUUUUCUAUAUAUAUAUAUAUAUAUAUAGUCUCAAAAAAAUGUCGUUCGUGAAAUGCAGGGGCAGAGGACCAGCCGUUGGAGGAAGACGGUGGGAAUGGGGCCUCUGAUGACAUAGACGAAAUGGAAGAGCUUACAGUUGCCGGUGACCCUGAUGCUUAG